UCCCACAGACAGAUCUCCAUAUAAGACCACAGGGUGCUCUGAUCUUUGUGUCCGCCACCAGAGAUCAGGAGGGUGGGAGGUAUUUCCACAGCUCAUCAGAUUGCCUGUUCCUGUCAUCUUUUUUUCCUGUCUUAAUCCGCUUCUCCUUUCUAAGUCUUUUCAGUGAUUGUUGGCUCUUGUUUUUGCUUAAAUUUUCAAAUUCCAAUCCUCACCUAACUCAUCAGGGAAGGUCUACACAAAGAUGAUCCAAUCAAUCUGAAACGUGAUGAGUAAGCUACGGAAUUAAUCAUCCAAAUUUUGCAACUAGUGGGAAUUUAUUUAGUGAAAGACUCAUCAACUACACCUAUUGUUGAAUUUCCACUUCCUCUACUACUGGCACCUCACAGCUGAAGUGAUGUCCUCUCUUGCAGCACCAGAAAAAUCUUCAUCUAACAUGGGUCCCAAAGAGGUGGAGCUGAUCCUUGUAAAGGAGCAGAAUGGGGUCCAGUUCACCUCCACCACCUUAGUAGCUCCGGCCCAGACUCACCCCAGUGGGGAGGAAGAGAGAGAGACCUGGGGGAAGAAAAUUGACUUCCUCCUAUCUGUGAUUGGAUUUGCUGUUGAUCUCGCCAAUGUCUGGAGAUUCCCUUACCUUUGCUACAAAAAUGGAGGAGGAGCCUUUCUGGUGCCUUACCUGUUCUUCAUGGUGAUAGCAGGGAUGCCUCUUUUCUACAUGGAACUGGCUCUGGGGCAGUACAACAGAGAGGGAGCAGCAGGUGUCUGGAAGAUUUGUCCCAUUUUUAAGGGUGUUGGGUUUACAGUGAUUCUCAUCUCCCUUUAUGUUGGUUUCUACUAUAACGUCAUCAUCUCCUGGGCGCUGUUUUACCUAUUUUCCUCAUUCACCUAUGAGCUACCCUGGGUCCAUUGCAACAACACCUGGAACAGCCCAAACUGCUCUGACUGGGCGGACAACAGCUCGAUUGGUGACAUUUACAAAGCCACACCUGCACAGGAGUACUUUGAACGAGCGGUCCUCCAUAUUCAGGACAGCAAUGGUAUUGAUGACCUUGGACGUCCACGUUGGCAGUUAACUUCCUGUUUGGCUGUUGUGAUUAUUUUGCUCUACUUUAGUCUCUGGAAAGGAGUAAAGACAUCUGGCAAGGUUGUGUGGAUCACAGCAACCAUGCCCUAUGUGGUCCUGACUGUGCUGCUCCUCCGUGGAGUAACUCUGCCUGGAGCCAUCGAUGGUAUUAAAGCGUACCUUUCUGUCGACUUUCUGAGACUCUGUGAUGCCAAGGUCUGGAUCGAGGCUGCAACACAGAUCUGUUUCUCGCUGGGUGUGGGGUUUGGUGUGCUAAUUGCAUUUUCCAGCUACAACAAAUUCAGCAACAACUGUUACAGGGAUGCCAUCAUAACCAGCUCCAUCAACUCUUUGACAAGUUUCUUCUCUGGAUUUGUUGUCUUCUCCUUUCUUGGAUACAUGUCCCAUAAACACAACGUGGCUCUAGAUAAAGUUGCAAGAGAUGGUGCUGGGUUAGUGUUUGUCAUUUAUCCAGAGGCCAUUGCUACGUUACCUGGGUCAUCAGUGUGGGCAGUGAUUUUUUUCAUUAUGCUGCUGACACUUGGUCUUGACAGUGCAAUGGGUGGUAUGGAGUCUGUGAUCACAGGGGUGAUAGAUGAAUUUAAAUUCCUUCACAAACACAGAGAGCUGUUCACCCUGUUCAUCGUUGUUUCAACAUUUCUCAUAUCCCUCUUCUGUGUCACAAAUGGAGGGAUGUAUGUGUUUACUCUGCUGGAUCACUUUGCAGCAGGAACAUCGAUUCUCUUUGGAGUGCUUAUUGAAGCCAUCGGCAUCGCCUGGUUCUAUGGAGUGGAUCGGUUUAGCGAUGACAUAAAAGAGAUGAUCGGCCACAGACCAGGGAAAUACUGGAGACUAUGCUGGAAGUUUGUCAGCCCAUGCUUUCUCUUUUUCAUGGUUGUGGUGAGCUUUGCCACAUUCAACCCUCCAAAUUACGGCUCUUACAUGUUUCCUCAAUGGGCUAACCUUCUAGGGUGGUGUCUCGCCAUGUCCUCAAUGACCAUGGUGCCACUGUAUGCCAUCUACAAACUCUGUACACUACCUGGAAGUUUUUGUGAUCGGCUAGCCUAUGCCAUCACCCCUGAGACAGAGCAUCAUCUGGUCGACAAUGGGGAGGUGCGGCAGUUCACUCUGCAUCACUGGUUGGUUGUUUGAGCUGCAGAAAGACACGCAGACGGAGUGAAAGAUAAAGAAUGUCAGAGUAGAUGCUGGAUGCAUGCAAAAAAGUAGUCUAAAGAGCUUAAGAGUGAAGACAGCCAUGCAACUGAUUGCAGGGAAAAUGAUGCAGAGUUUAAAAGUGCCAAGAAAAAAAAGAGAAAAAAUAAAAUCCACAGAAAUUGUAGUGUUGUUACAUUUUAAUAGUGGAUGUGUAAAACUGUGCAUUGGCCGACAUCUUCUGUUUUUCCACAGGCACAUGACUAAUUCAGUAAAACUGGUGUUCAUACUGCUAUUUCCAUAAAUGCCAUUCAUUCAUGAAAACAUAAAUGGAGGUUUUAGCCUACUAGAUAUUAGUGUGUUGAAUCGCUCUUUUUAUAACAGUAAGCAUUUCUGCUAAUGAAUAGUCAGAGAAAUAUAUAGUGAACAUUAUUUGAAGUUCUCAGAGAGAAGAUUUGGGAUAGCAGAUUAUUAAAUUACUAAUUUUGUAGAGGUGCUACAUAGAAUAUUUUAUGUUAUUUUUUCUAAUAGAUUUAAAACUGAGAGCUUAUUUAACAUUUUUGCGUAUCUACAUACCUAAUAAUUAUUUAGCACUAAAAUGAUUAAACAAAUAUAUUCUUACUGAAUCUUAGUUUCAGACAGGACUAUGUCGUUUUUUUCUUUACUUAAUGACUGUUAUGAUUGCUAAAGCCUUAAAAUAUUUAAAUAUCAAAAUUGCUUAUUGCUUCGAAAGACUGACUUUAUUAUUUCUUAAAUUUUAUUAAUAUUAUUUAGGUGUCAGAAUAACCCAUAUGAACAACAGCAACUGACCUUUUGUUGCACAAUUUAGAACAUAAAUUUUAAGAUAUUAAACAAAAGGUUUGCAAAAAGGAAACCUCAGAGCCCCCAAAAGGUCCUUUUUAAUUAUUCUAUUAAUUGUUCACCAUCAGUUAAUUAUUAAUAUUCUUUGAUAUGUAAAGGAAUACCGGUGCAAUGGUAUCCAUACUGUAGCUUAAUCAGUGGUAAAACUACUGUGAGUAUUUACUAUUACUGACGUCUCUGCAGCCUUCAUGGUGGUAGCUCAGGUACUGGGAUGUUUUUUUUUUUUAAGCAUCAUCUAGUUUUAUAUUAUCAGUCUAUUCAUAAUGUCUUGAAUUGCAACUGAGAUCACUAAUGGGUUUAGUGAUCCUUCUAGAUCAGACCAUGAGGUAUUUUUUGGAGAAUGCAAAAGUAUUUCAGAGGAAAGCUUUUGUUACUGUCAUUAUUUCUUAAAGGGAGCAACUGAACUCUUUUUGCAGAGCAUUUGGGGAAUUGGGGCUUUAGAAAUACUAAGAAAACACUAAACAAAAAUAUGGUUUUCCCUGGUUAUUAAAACACUUCUUAAACUGGUCAGAUGAAAAUUGCUGCAAUCACAUGCAUUCAUAUAGAAAAAACCUAUUAAAAGUUUUUUGUUUUAUUUUUAAAGUGAAGGAGCUGUAACAUUAUACCUUAUUUUCCAUAAAACCAUAGAUGGAUGGAUUCUAUGUAUAACUAUAAAACAUUUACUUGAGUAUUUUACAUUUCUAGCUGAACUGUAUUAAGAAAUCAUUUCAAAACAGGAAAGAGCAGGGUUGUGAGAAGCAGAAAGAAGUAUUUCAAAGACGAGUCACUGACACUGAAAACUUAGAAAAUAAAGUAAUGUGCCUUUUAGUUUUAUUUGGUGGCUUAGAUGUAUUUUUUUUAUUAAUUGAGGUUAAUUUAAUGACUGCUAAUCAAUUAGAUAUAGAACAAUGUUUUUUCUAUAUCAGGUUGUUAUAUGAAGGAUGUAACUGUGUAUACAUUUUCACUGCUCUAAGACUAAAAGCUAUUCACACCUGGUCCAAAGUUUUGCUCAAAGCAGUUUAAAAUUCUGACAGAGUUUUAUUAGUAUAGCAGUGGUAAGAUCUUUGUGCCAAGGACUGCAGAUGGACCAAAGUGGAAUCAAACAUGAAUUGCACAAAAAAGCAAAAAAAAAAACUGACAGCUAUGGGUCAGCAACAUUAAUUUUAACAGCUUAAAUGUAUUAACAGAAACAGAAAAUUACAUAAAUAGUUAAAUUCUUACCAAACUGGCUAAAAUCACUUUGACCUUUUGAAGGCUCUCUGCCCUAUCUCUAGACCAGAUAGGAUGAAUCACUGAUCAGCCAAAGAACAGAAAUACUUCCAUAAAUGGGAUAAUUUUGUAUCACAACUUUUCCCUUAAGAAGUAAACUGUUACUAAAUCACUGCCACUAUAUUUCUGUCAGUCCUCCAAGGGCAUUACAUGAAAGUAUCAACUGUCAUGUUUCGGCAUUAUGCUUUAAUUUAAUAGUUUACUCAAAACUGUAAAUUAAGACUGUUUAAAAAGCUGCUUUUCUUCAAAUAAAAAAAUCUGUGUAUUGUGUAAUAAUGAAAUUAUUUGUAAAUAAUAUAUAUUCAAAUUAUCUAUCAUCUAUCUAUCUAUCUAUCUAUCUAUCUAUCUAUCUAUCUAUCUAUCUAUCUAUCUAGAGAAUAGAUUUAUUCAGAAUUAGGAUAUUAAAGAGGAAUAUAUUAAAAUGUAUUUGUUAUUAGGUUGAUAGGGGUUUUUUUUUGCGUUUGAAGCUGUUUCAGAUCCCUGAGAAAUUAUUCCCUGAUUGGUCAGCAAUGACUUGUGUUUCCCCUUUAUGGUACAUGUAACACACUGAAGGGUUAUUUUUGUCCCAAGUUGUAUGCAUGUGCUGCUGUACUGUGCUCGCUGGUGUUCUUGACUGUAUGAUUUUGUUUUGUACUGUCAAUGAAGUAUUACAAUAAAAUUGUUAUUUAAAA